AGUGGGAUUUUCUUUUAUAAUUUAACCUCAGUAUAGUUUAACCAAAAAAUUUGAUGUAGCACGUGAGAAUUGCUAUACGACAAAUGAAUUGAAAGAAGUUAGCCCGACGGCGACGAUCGUAAUGUCAUGCCUUCCCACGGAUAACGCUUGCGGCUCCGGUCAGUAGUGGCGGAGCUUCAACGCACAGCUACUCAGAAUCAUAUUAUUCACUAUCUGUAGAGUCUCCAACACUGGCGAAGUUCUUCAUCGCAAUUUUACACUUCACCUCUCACUCUCGCCGUCAUCCUUACCUUCCUGUAUUUACUGCUUAGUUCGACGCAUCGCAUUAUUUUGCCGGAUACAAAUUUAAGGAAAUGGAUGUUCAUCAUAGCCCCCAUAGAAAUAGUGUGGAGAAACCAGAAGCCCACAAACCCUUUAACAAGGAUGCCACACCUGGAUAUGAUCUUUGGACAGAUGGGCUUAUUUGUGCUUUUGAAUAUAUUGGAAAACCAAGAAAAUCAACUGAUUCAAAAUCCAAAUCCAAGAUGUCAGAUAGGUGGCAAACAAAUAGUGAAUUUCCAACUACUACAACUGAACUGAAUAGUGGCAAUGCCAACACACACGAGAGGAAAAGAUCAUUUGAACCUACAUCCCCGGAGGAUCUGAGGACUCAUUGUGGCCAGUUUAGUGAAAGAGAAAAAGUUGAGAGCAAUAGUUGGUUACCUAUAGGAUGGGACAGAAUAUCAGAGCUGGUUCAAACAAUACAAGUAGAAGCUGAAUGGGCCUCAAUGUCAUAUGAUUUUAUGGAUGAAGAAGACGACCUUACAGUUGCAGAUCUUGUGGCACCUUAUUGGAAGCGACCAGCUGGACCUAUAUGGUGGUGCCAUGUCUCUGCAAGCCACCCUUCUGUGGAGGCGUGGCUCAGAACUGCUCACUGGUUGCACCCUGCCAUCAGUUUGGCUUUAAGAGAUGAAAGUCGACUGAUAAGUGACCGCAUGAAGCAUCUUUUCUAUGAGGUUCCAGUGAGGGUAGCUGGGGGACUGCUAUUUGAACUACUAGGACAAUCUGCUGGUGAUCCAUUCAGUGACGAGGAUGACAUUCCUGUUGUACUUCGUUCUUGGCAAGCUCAGAACUUCCUGAUAACAUCAUUACAUGUUAAAGGACCGAUAUCGAAUCCAAACAUUUUAGGCAUCACAGAAGUUCAGGAGCUUCUGAUAAUAGGAGGUUAUAAUGCACCAAGAACAGUGCAUGAAGUUAUAGCACAUCUAGCUUGCCGUCUUACAAGAUGGGAUGAUAGGUUAUUUCGAAAAUCCAUAUUUGGAGCAGCAGAUGAGAUUGAAUUGAAAUUUAUGGACAGGAGAAACCAUGAAGAUAUGCAUCUUUUCAGCAUAAUCUUGAAUCAAGAAAUCAGAAAAUUAUCAAGACAGGUUAUCAGAGUAAAAUGGUCCCUGCAUGCGAGGGAGGAGAUUCUAUAUGAGCUUCUUCAACAUCUACGAGGGUAUGUGACAAAAGGCUUAUUGGAAAGCAUAAGAAAGAGUACUAGGCAAAUGAUUGAAGAGCAAGAAGCAGUUCGUGAUCGUUUAUUCACCAUUCAAGAUGUCAUGCAGAGUAACGUUCGGGCAUGGUUACAGGAUAAAAGCCUCCGAGUAACUCACAACUUGGCUGUUUUUGGUGGCUGUGGCCUUGUUCUUUCCAUUAUAACUGGGCUGUUUGGUAUCAACGUAGAUGGGAUCCCCGGAGCACAAAAUACACCAUAUGCAUUUGGAAUGUUUACAGCCAUCCUAUUCUUCUUAGGGAUUGCACUGAUGGCAGGGGGGCUGGUUUACCUUGGAUUGAAGAAGCCCAUGCCAGACCAGAUGGUUGAAGUCAGGAAGCUAGAACUGGAAGAAUUGGUUAAAAUGUUUCAGCAUGAAGCAGAAACUCAUGCUCAGAUGACAUCUCCCGUAAAUGGUAAAGAUGGAGCUCAACUUGUCGACGGUGGUAGAUUGUCUAACAGCAACUUCCUGAUAAUUAGAGAUGCUCAAGGGUGACAUUGUUUGCUUAUUUCUUGGCUAUAAAGAAGAAACGGCCUAUGAAAGGUAUUUGUUCAGCUAAAGCAUAAAUAUAUAAUUAGAGUCUAAGCACAAAUGUUUUGUAGUAUAAUCCAGUGGCACAUUAUCUCCUUUUCUCUUAAUAAAGGUGUGCUAUAGUUUUUAUAUUGAUUUUGUUGAGACUCGAAUCGUUUUGGAGCUUCAAACGAGCAACGCUCUCCUGGUUGCAGAUGGGAAGAAACUCCUAAUAACCUUAAAUUUUGAGCUUUCAAGUAUGAGGGUGGCCCUAUCCUGGUGCCUUUAGUUGA